AUUCUGGAGGCAACGCCUCUCCUGGAGGCCUUUGGUAAUGCCAAAACCGUCAGGAAUGACAACUCUAGCCGCUUUGGGAAGUUUGUGGAAAUCUUUCUAGAAGGGGGUGUGAUCUCCGGUGCCAUAACCUCUCAGUACCUGCUGGAGAAGUCAAGGAUCGUGUUCCAGGCCAAAAAUGAGAGAAAUUAUCAUAUUUUCUAUGAGCUGCUGGCCGGCCUUCCAGCCCAACUGCGGCAGGCCUUCAGCCUGCAGGAGGCUGAGACCUACUACUACCUGAACCAGGGUGGGAACUGUGAGAUCGCUGGGAAGAGUGAUGCGGAUGAUUUCCGUCGUCUGCUGGCAGCUAUGGAGGUGCUCGGCUUCACCAGUGAGGACCAGGACAGUAUCUUCCGCAUCCUGGCCUCCAUCUUACACCUGGGCAAUGUCUAUUUUGAGAAACAUGAG